AUUACUCACACUAGGCACACAUUCAGACAUAUACAAAUGUAUAUAUAUUAAUUGUUUCUUAAGGCACCAUGUGCCACUCCCAUUUUUGCGAAACACAAUAUAAACAUUCUUCAGCAUUUUUGUCGAUUAUUUGAGGAAUGAGUCAAUUAAGCAUUAAUAAGAUAGUGUCAAAUUCGAUUAUCAUAUCGGUGUGUAUGUACGAGUAUGUUAAUAUUGGGUACUUACGUAGCGUAAUACAUUUACAUAUUCACUCGAAAAGAAGUGUUUGAACUAUUUUUAUGUACAAACGAAUGUGCGGACUUGGAUGCGUUGAGUUGUCCUUAUCAGUUUUCAUGCUUAAAUGAACAACAAGCGACGUCUAGGCAACCCCCGAACAGCUGAUAAGGCUUCCGAUUCGAAUUGUUUGUCUUGAUAUUGAUGAAUUGUCUCAGAAAUCAGAAAAACAAAUUGAUUUAUAAUACCUUAAGACAGAGCAUCGGGCCUGAUCGUUGUUUAAUUCAAGUCUUGAUUAUAGUCAGAACGGUCGUAGGUAAUCCAGUGAUUAAAACGGACAUUUUUAUUCAAAUCUGCAUUAGAACAUUUCAAUUGAAGAACGUUUGAAAAUUGAAAACCUUUCGUGCUUUUGUGGUGGAACUAACGAAAUACAUAAUAUUGUAAAGCUUUAAGAACAAUUUAUAAAACAACAAAAAUGUCUUGUGCGAAAAACACCGGUGUUCUAACAUAUACAUAUGUAUUGUAAUUCACAUUUUUAGACUCUAAUAAUGCCGUCACAAAGAGUCGGUCGAUAAUUUUUCCUGAUAAAAAAUACAAACAAGUUCAACCAAUGGGCAAAGAAGUGUCGGGACUAACACACGAAUGCGGUGUGUUUGGAGCGAUCUCCUGUGGUGAAUGGCCGACCCAGAUAGAUAUUGGUCAGUGCAUUUUUCUGGGAUUGGUAGCACUACAGCAUCGUGGGCAGGAGUCGGCCGGUAUCGCCACAAGCUUAGGAAAAACUGCCAAGAACUUUAGUAUUCACAAAGGAAUGGGAAUGAUAAGUAAUCUCUUCAAUGAUGAUGCAAUUAGAAAAUUAAAAGGUAACCUAGGCAUUGGGCACACCCGAUAUUCGACAUCAGCUGCAUCGGAGAUGGUGAAUUGCCAACCAUUUGUUGUACACACGGCACAUGGAGCUGUGGCGAUCGCCCAUAAUGGCGAACUGAUCAAUUGCGAAUCUCUACGUCGAGUGGUCUUGGAGCGCGGUGUUGGCCUAUCCACGCACAGUGAUAGUGAGUUGAUUGCUCAAUCAUUAUGUUGUGCACCUGAAGAUGCCAGCGAACAUGAUGGUCCUGACUGGCCAGCUCGUAUACGCCAGUUCAUGACACUUGCGCCGCUGUCAUACUCAUUAGUCGUCAUGCAUAAGGAUAAGAUCUACGCAGUACGCGACUCCUAUGGCAACCGGCCUCUUUGCAUUGGCAAGAUUGUCCCAAUCACCUUGGGCCAUGGAAAGCCAGAAGAUGCACAGGCCGAGGGUUGGGUAGUAUCAAGUGAAAGUUGUGGUUUCCUUUCGAUAGGUGCUCGUUAUGUACGAGAAGUAGAACCUGGUGAGAUUGUAGAGUUGACAAAAAACGGCUUCCGUACAGUUGACAUUGUGGAGCGUCCGGAUUACAAGAAAGUGGCCUUUUGUAUUUUUGAGUAUGUGUAUUUUGCCCGCAGCGAUUCUACUUUUGAGGGACAAAUGGUAUACUCGGUACGUUUGCAAUGUGGUAGACAAUUAGCACGAGAAUGGUCCAUCGAAGCAGAUAUUGUUAGCUCAGUACCUGAAUCGGGUACAGCGGCGGCGCACGGCUACGCCAAGGAGUCGGGCAUACCAUUUGCCGAGGUACUUUGUAAGAAUCGUUACGUCGGUCGCACCUUUAUUCAACCUUCUCCACGACUCCGGCAGUUAGGUGUUGCAAAGAAAUUUGGCGCCCUCUCAGUGAAUUGUGAAGGAAAACGUGUUGUUCUGAUUGACGAUUCAAUAGUUAGGGGAAAUACUAUUGGUCCGAUCAUCAAGUUGCUACGAGACGCUGGUGCCACGGAGGUGCAUGUCCGUAUUGCUAGUCCACCGCUUAUGUACCCUUGCUAUAUGGGAAUCAAUAUACCAACUAGAGAGGAGCUUAUUGCAAACAAGUUGGAGCCCGACGAACUGGCAAAACAUGUUGGUGCUGAUAGUUUGAAAUACUUGAGUGUGGCUGGACUCAUUACAGCUGUGGAAAUAAAUAAAGCAAAUACCAAUCCCAUUAAAACGGGAUACUGCACUGCUUGCCUGACUGGAGAGUAUCCUGGAGGCUUACCUGAAGAGCUCAGCUGGUAGCACUGAUAGUUGUCCUUAAAUUAAAAGAAAAUCGUUCUGCAUUUAAGUAUUCAUAGUUAAUAUAUAGACAAAAUCGAUCACAUUUAUUUAUUUGUUAAGCGUUUUUAUAUAUUUUUUAUACCUUAAUUUGUUCAAAUCGACUUAUUUUAAUAUAAUUACACAUAAAAAAUUUAA